AUGCGCUCCGAGCGGCCCGACGACGUCCCUUUCGACGAAGCCCACUGGCAGCGGCGCCUGACCGACCUGCGGGAGGGCGUUGGCGGCGCGGAGGAGCUGGUCGUCGAGGAGCGGCUGGGCCGGGACGGCGCGCAGGCCUUCGGGGAGCUCGCGCAGCGCAUGGGCCUGUAUUUCCGCGCGUACGGCAAAGGGACGAGGACGCGCCUUGUAGCCAGCACCGUGCCGCUGCCGGCGUACCGCCCGGACCUCGACGAGCGCGCCACGACGGAGGCCGACGUCGGCAUGAGCCGCGACGCCAAGCACAUGGUCUCGCAGGCCCUCGCGGAGCUCGAGGAGUCGAACGUGGCGGCGGGUGGUGGCCGCGGCGCUGCCCCGCAGCCGCCCGGGAAGCGCCCGAAGGCCGGGGCGUCGAGCCGGUACUUGGAGUUCGGCGCCGAUGGCGGCGAGGCGCUCAGCCGGGCGCUGGAGGACGCGCAGCGCGCGUGGGCGGCGUCGAGCGCCGGGCAGCGCAUGCAACAGCACCGCGAACGGCUCCCGGCGUGGGCGCGGCGCGCGGAGCUGCUGGCGGCGGUGGCGCGGCACCAGGUGGUCGUGGUGUCGGGCGAGACGGGGUGCGGGAAGACGACGCAGCUGCCGCAGUUCGUGCUCGAGGACGCAGUGGGGGCGGGGCGCGGCGGGGACGUCAACAUUGUGUGCACGCAGCCGCGGCGGAUCAGCGCGGUGAGCGUCGCGCAGCGCGUCGCGGACGAGCGCGGAGAGGCCAUCGGCGACACCGUCGGGUACCAGAUCCGCCUGGAGGCGCGCCGGUCCUCCAAGACGCGGCUGCUGUUCUGCACCACGGGCGUGCUCCUGCGGCGCCUCGUGGCCGACAAGGACCUGCGCGGCGUGACGCACGUGGUGGUGGACGAGAUCCACGAGCGCGGCAUCAACGAGGACUUCCUCCUCAUCGUCCUCCGCGACCUCCUCCCGCGCCGCCCCGACCUCAGAGUCAUUCUCAUGUCCGCCACGCUCAACGCGGACCUUUUCUCAAACUACUUCGGCCAUGCCCCGACCGCGCACAUCCCGGGCUUCACGCACCCGGUCGAGGACCUCUUCCUCGAGGACGUCCUGCAGCUCGCCGGCCCGCCGCCGGCCUCGCAGCAGCCCCCGCGGUCGCAGGGCGGCCCGCGGCGGCACAGGGAUCGCAACGCGGGCGCGCCUGCGUCGACGAUGGAGCCGAACGCGGAGGGGUGCAUCGACCGCGAGUGGCGCUACGAGCCAGAUGCGGGCGCCCUCGCAGCGCAGGGGUACUCGAGCGGCACGUGCGACGCGCUGGCGAGGUGGGCGGGGGUGUUUAACGAGGGUCAGGAGAAGAGUGCGUCGUCGAACGCGCCGCAGGCGCCGCCGCCGGACCUCGGGCUCGUGCAGCACGUCGUGGAGCACAUUUGCAACAACGAGGCGGCGGGGGCGGUGCUGGUGUUCCUGCCGGGGUGGGCCGAGAUCUCGAAUUUGCAGAAAGACCUGGAAUCUCGACUGGACCGCAGCCGGAACAAGAUAUACCCGCUGCACGGCUCCCUCCCGACGGCCAACCAGCGCGAGAUCUUCGACCGGCCCCCCAGCGGCGUGCGCAAGGUCGUGCUGGCGACAAACAUCGCGGAAACCUCGAUCACCAUCGACGACGUCGUCUACGUUGUGGACACGGGGCUCAUCAAGGAGAAGCGGUACUCUGCGCUCAACAAGCUGUCCUCGCUCCUCCCGCAGUGGGCGUCGCAGGCGGCCGCCCGGCAGCGCCGGGGCCGCGCGGGGCGCGUGCAGCCCGGGAGGUGUUUCAAAUUGUACCCCCGCGCGAUGCACGACGAGGCGAUGGCGCCGUACCAGGCCCCCGAGAUGACGCGCACGUCCCUCGAGGAGAUCUGCCUCCAGAUCAAGUCUCUCGACCUCGGCGAGAUCGAACCGUUCCUGGCGCGCGCGCUGCAGCCCCCGGAGCCCCGCGCCGUGCACAACGCGAAGGAGCUGCUCGUGGCGAUCGGCGCGCUCGAGCAGGCCGCGGAGGCGCUCACGCCGCUCGGGCAGCACCUCGCCCAUCUGCCGGUGGACCCGCUAGUCGGGAAAAUGAUAAUCAUGGGCGCCAUGUUCGGAGUGGUUGGGCCGAUCCUGACGAUCGCCGCGGGCAUGGCGCACCGCGACCCCUUCGUUCUCCCGCCCCCGGAGCGCCGCGCGGAGGCCGCGGAGCGCCGGAAGCGGCUCUCGCGGGGCUCGUGCAGCGACCACGUCACCCUCGUGCACGCGUUCGAGGGGUGGCGGGCCGCGGGGGGGUACCGGGAGCGGUCGGACUUCUGCUGGCGGAACUACAUGCGGUCGAACACGAUGGAGCUGAUGGUGGACCUCCGGCUGCAGUUCGCGGAGCUGCUGGCUGACGUAGGGUUUCUGCCCGUCGAGGGGCGGGGCGCGGGGAAGCCGAGCCGCGCGGCGCUCGAGAAGGCCAUCGACGCGCACUCGUUCAACGCAGACAACGUCAACCUGCUGCGGGCCGUCAUCUGCGCGGGCAUGUACCCGAACGUCGUGUCCGUUCGACAGAAGCAUCGCAUGAACACGCAGUUCGCCACCACCGACGACGGCAAGGUCGAACCGCACCCGUCCUCCGUCCUCGUGAAAGAGUUCCUCCCGCACCGCUGGCUCGUGUACUCCGACAAGGUCAUGACGUCAGGCAUCUACCUCCUCGCAUCGACAAUGGUCUCGGACUAUGCUCUGCUGCUCAUGGGCGGUGAGCUCAAGCACGAGGCCGACGGGACCAUCUCGAUGCACGGCGGGUACAUCCGGUUCAACACGGCGCCCGAGGUCGACCGCCUGAUCGUGCGCCUGCGCAGCCAGCUGCAGGCGGUGCUGGCACGCAAAGUGGCGGACCCUGGGCUGGACAUUGACGGCGAGGCGGGGGCGCUUGUGCGGGCGGUGGUGGCGCUGCUGGACGAGGAGGAGGGACGGGAGGAGGUGGUGGGGGAGGGGAGGGGUCGCGGGCGGGGCGGGAGGGGUAUGGGCACGGGGGGCCGGUGA